GCCUCUUAGCAACGCCCGGGGUCAAGUGACACAACCAGCUGACUCCAGCAGUGGCUGGACUGUGGCGGCCGGUACUGGUGCUGUUUAGAACCACCAUCACCGAGCGGGAGACCGGAGUCGAACAGUCACCGUCAGAAUGUCGGGGAAAGACCGAAUUGAAAUCUUCCCCUCGCGAAUGGCACAGACCAUUAUGAAGGCUCGAUUAAAAGGAGCACAGACAGGUCGAAACCUCCUAAAGAAAAAAUCUGAUGCCUUAACUCUUCGAUUUCGACAGAUCCUAAAGAAGAUAAUAGAGACUAAAAUGUUGAUGGGUGAAGUGAUGAGAGAAGCUGCCUUUUCACUCGCUGAGGCCAAAUUCACAGCAGGGGACUUCAGCACCACAGUUAUCCAAAAUGUAAAUAAAGCCCAAGUGAAGAUUCGAGCGAAGAAAGAUAAUGUAGCAGGUGUUACUUUGCCAGUAUUUGAACAUUACCAUGAAGGAACUGACAGUUAUGAACUGACUGGUCUAGCCAGAGGAGGUGAACAGCUGGCUAAAUUAAAGAGGAAUUAUGCCAAAGCAGUGGAACUACUGGUGGAACUAGCUUCACUGCAGACUUCCUUUGUUACUCUGGAUGAAGCCAUUAAGAUAACCAACAGGCGUGUGAAUGCCAUUGAACAUGUCAUCAUUCCCCGGAUUGAACGUACCCUCGCUUAUAUCAUCACAGAGCUGGAUGAGAGAGAGCGUGAAGAAUUCUAUAGGCUAAAGAAAAUACAAGAGAAGAAAAAGAUUCUCAAGGAAAAAUCGGAGAAGGACCUAGAACAAAGGAGAGCAGCUGGAGAGGUGAUGGAGCCUGCUAAUCUCCUGGCUGAAGAGAAGGAUGAGGAUCUUCUGUUUGAAUAAUCUUCCCUGCUCUGGGUCUUACAAAAACCCUAACACUGGCUCCAUUUUAAUUCAGUGUGUAGGUUUGGUAUGUGUGGCUAUUUAUUUUUUGGCCUAAGAACUUCACUGGUUGUAAAAUUUAUCUGAUUACCCACAUAUGGGAGUACUUUUGCAGAAUUGUAGUUUAGCAACGAUUUAUCAUAAAUGAGAGAUUUGUGCAAUCUGUCCAGGAACUUAUAGAAUUUAUUCUGCAAGUAUCACCCUAACCAUUUAUAUCUGUAUUAUAUGUGAUCUGUUUACUAAAAACAGUAGGAACUACACAUUAGGAAACAGCGUCUCAGGCCAGCUGCUGUGGAUCAGCCUUCAUUCCUACCCACUUGCAAGCCUUCUAACUCCCGAUUGCUGCAGCCAUUGUUGUGUUACUGUGGUACUUCCCUGCUUAAGCUUUACGAAAUCAUUUAUUUUUCCUUGCAUGGACAGCUCUCUGUCUCAUCUGCCGUGGGAGCAGUUCUGCCAGUUUAAAUGUGACUGUAGUAUAAACAGUAAAAUUAUUUAAAAAUGUAUUAUUCCUUUUUAAACUAACCUAUUGUGAAGAAUAACUGUCACAGGGGCCAGCAGAUGGUAUGGAG